UAUGUAUGUAUGUAUGUAUGUAUAUACAAACAAUCACUCAAGACUACCCACAUCGCGUCCAUCCCCCGUUACGGUCGUGUAAUGGUCAUGGUUGGGAAAUGAGCAAAACGCCCAACCAACCACAUUAGCCAGUGCCAGUCGUGCCGAAACAAACACACAUUUUGGACGCUCUAGUGUCGUAAUUGUUCUAACGCGAAUUUUAAGACGUAGAAUUUAAUCGCGAGUUUAUUUCCAAUCGAAGGUCGGAUUUUGCACCAAAAUUCGUGACUUGAGGUGACCACAUCAAAGUGACAUCUUCCGCAGACAUGUGGUGUUAAUUGAGCUGCAAUAUGUACCUGUAACUUUCGUCAUUGAUAGAAGUGCAGAUAACGCAUGUAGCCGUUGUUUCCGUAACGCGAUUGUGAAUGUGCUUGUUUAUGUUCGUCGUGUGGGUGGAGAAGUUCGGUUCGGUGACGGUCCGGUGCAUGCGUUGUUCGUGUGCCCGCAAAAAUAUAAUGCAAAUUUAAUUACGUUCGAAAUCACUCCCGAAAGUUCCACGUGAAAUUGCCAUCAGUGUCUCAUCGCUUGCCUCAUGGAUCCCUUCGGUGAUGAGGCCUUCAUCCGCACCGCCGCGAACUACGGUCUCGGUGGUAAUGCUGGAGCAGGUGAUGGCGGUGUUGGUACAAGAAGCAGCACCAACGCCGGUAGCGAGUCACCUUUCCCGAUGCUGACUCACAAGUUGCGACGGAUGGAAAAUUUCGAUUUUUCCGCAACACCCCCACGGGCACCGUCGCCACCGCCUCCGUCGCUCUACUUCGACAACAACUCGUCCAUUUCGUCCAGAUCGUCGGUGGCCGAACCGCUGGAUCUGAACGUGGUUCAACUGUUUUAUCAAAUCUGCAAGCGCACGGCACGAAGUUGGAUCGAGGCGAAUUUCCAGAAGCGCGAAUGCAUCAAAUACAUCCCGAGCUUGAAGAAUGAAGAAGUAUGUUGCUGCGGUCAGGAAAGGAGAACUCACCAAAUGGUGCCGGGAAUCGAACCGGGCCUCUUGGGCGAUAUCUGGCAACCGCAAAAGCAUACCAGGCCUCAGCCGACCGAUGCCUACGGGACGAUCGAAUUUCAAGGCGGAGCACAUCCAACCAAAGCUCAGUACGUGCGACUAUCGUACGACACCCGACCGGAGCUGCUGGUUCAGCUUUUUACCCGCGAGUGGAAUCUCGAGCUUCCAAAGCUGCUCAUCACCGUCCAGGGAGGCAAGGCAAACUUCGAGCUGCAACCGAAGCUGAAGAAGGUGCUAAGGAAGGGAUUGCUCAAGGCAGCCAAAACAACCGGUGCUUGGAUCUUCACCGGUGGUACCAAUACAGGUGUCACAAAGCAGGUCGGUGAUGCUCUGCUGCUGGAAGGACAGCAGCGGUCCGGACGUGUUGUCAGCAUCGGCAUCGCCCCGUGGGGCAUCGUCGAGCGAAACCACGAAUUGCUGGGACACAACCGGGACGUUCCCUGCCAUAGUAUAAGCUCACCACGCUCAAAAUUGGCUGUGUUAAACAAUCGUCACGCUUACUUCCUGCUGGUGGACAAUGGAACCCAGGCACGCUACGGUGCAGAGCUGAUCCUGAGGCGGAAGCUGGAAAAAUACAUAUCGAACCAAAAGUUGCAACCCUUUACGCACUCGAGCACACCCGUAGUCUGCUUGGUAAUCGAGGGUGGCACAAACACAAUCAGAGCUGUGCUAGAAUACGUCACCGACAGUCCACCGGUGCCGGUAGUGGUUUGCGAUGGCUCCGGCCGGGCUGCCGAUCUGAUCGCAUUUGUACAUAAAUAUGCUUCCGAUACGGGUGAACAGGUUGUAUUAGAGUCGAUGCAUGAUUAUCUCCUAGGUACGAUACAGAAGACCUUCGAGGUGGGCCCGGAGCAGGCAGAGCAGCUCUAUCAGGAAUUGUUGUUGUGCACUAAGAAUAAGAAUCUGAUAACCGUUUUCAGGAUUCAGGAUCGACCCGAAGGAAAUGCACCGGAAUUGGACCAAACGAUAUUAACUGCACUUUUUAAAUCCCAGCACUUGAGUCCACCGGAGCAGCUUAGCUUAGCGUUGACCUGGAACCGUGUAGACAUAGCUCGGACGGAGAUUUUUGUAUACGGUCAAGAAUGGCCCCACGGGGCCCUGGACGAAGCGAUGAUGCAGGCGUUAGAGCACGAUCGAAUAGACUUUGUCAAACUUCUGCUGGAAAACGGUGUUUCGAUGCGAAAGUUCCUCACCAUACCCAGGCUUGAAGAGCUGUACAAUACUAAGCAUGGACCAGCAAACACCUUGGGAUACAUCUUGCGAGACGUUCGACCGCACAUACCGAAAGGUUACGUUUACACUUUGCAUGAUAUAGGUUUAGUUAUUAAUAAGUUAAUGGGCGGUGCCUACCGGUCGUACUACACGCGAAGAAAAUUUCGACCAAUUUACGCGAAAGUGAUGAACAGCUACGUGAACACCCAUCGAAAGCCAUCAACGUUUGCACGAAGUCCUGGAAUCAAUUCGAUGAGUCUAGUCACAGGACUGCUGCCGGUAACCUCCGAUAUGGCCUUAUUUGAGUUUCCGUUCAACGAGUUGCUGAUUUGGGCUGUUAUAACCAAACGCCAACAGAUGGCACUGUUGAUGUGGACUCACGGUGAAGAAGCCCUAGCGAAGUCCUUGGUGGCUUGCAAACUAUACAAAGCAAUGGCCCACGAGGCAGCGGAUGACGAUCUGGAUACGGAGAUCUAUGAGGAACUGAGGAGCUAUGCGAAGGAAUUCGAAGUUAAGGGACUUAAGUUGUUGGAUUUCUGCUACCGCCAGGAUGGUGAACGUGCUCAAAGGCUCCUCACUUGUGAACUACAAUCUUGGUCUAGUCAAAGCUGCCUUUCCUUGGCGGUGGCAGCAAACCAUAGAUCUAUUCUUGCUCACCCCUGCAGUCAGAUCAUUCUUGCUGAUCUCUGGAUGGGUGGACUGCGGACAAGGAAGAACACUAACCUCAAGGUUAUCUUGGGUCUCCUGGUGCCACCUUUCGUCAAGAAGCUGGACUUCAAAUCGAAAGAAGAACUGCAGCAGAUGCCUCAAACCGAAGAGGAACACCUCGAAAACCAAUGUCUCGAUUACGACGACAACGGAAAGCACAAUCCCGACGCAGAGGCGCUUUUGUCCGACACCUACUCUAUGAAAGAUACCAAAGUGCAGGAGAAUGGAAAAGUUUCGCUGACGGACUCGGAGAAUACGCAGUACAAGGACUACAUGUACGACCACGAUAUGCGUCAUCAGCGGCCGCUCAAGUUGAAGAAAAAGUUUUACGAGUUCUAUACAGCUCCCAUUACGAAGUUUUGGGCCGAUUCAAUGGCGUAUGUGUUCUUUUUGGUGCUCUUCACGUAUACGGUACUGGUACGAAUGCAGCCAUAUCCGAGCUGGCAGGAAGUGUACGCGAUAGCUUACAUAACUACCUUGGGCUGUGAAAAAAUACGGGAGAUAGUGUCGUCCGAGCCGGUGGCCAUUUCCCACAAAUUCUCCGUCUGGGCAUGGAACAUGUGGAACCCGUGCGAUGCGGCGGCUAUCAUAUUCUUCCUCAUCGGGCUGGUCCUACGAUUGCGACCGUACACCAUGGACGUCGGACGAGUGAUAUACUGCGUGGACAGCAUCUACUGGUAUCUGCGGAUACUGAACAUUCUGGGUGUCAACAAAUAUCUAGGACCACUGGUGACGAUGAUGGGCAAGAUGGUGAAGAACAUGAUUUAUUUCGUCGUCCUCUUGCUGGUAGUGUUGAUGAGUUUCGGUGUGAGCCGGCAGGCCAUUCUGUUUCCCAACAACGAUGCCAGCUGGCGACUGGUGCGGGACGUUUACUAUCAGCCUUACUUCAUGUUGUACGGAGAAGUGUUUGCGGACGACAUCGAUCCACCGUGCGGAGAGGAUCCCUCCCAACCGCAGUGCGUGACAGGUCACUGGGUAACGCCAAUUGCCAUGUCGAUGUACCUCUUGAUUGCCAACAUUUUGCUCAUCAAUCUGUUGAUUGCGGUCUUCAACAAUAUUUUCAUCGAGGUGAAUGCCGUAUCACACCAGGUCUGGAUGUUCCAACGGUUCACGGUCGUGAUGGAGUACCAGCAGAAGCCCGUCCUACCACCUCCUCUGAUAGCAUUCUGUCACUGUUAUUCCCUCCUUCGAUACCUGAUCAGGAAGGCGAAAGGUUUGCAACAGUCACGAGAUAAUGGGCUGAAGCUGUUUCUGGAAAAAGAAGACAUGGAGCGGUUGUACGAUUUUGAAGAGGAAUGCGUUGAAGGUUAUUUUAGAGAGCAGGAUGCACUGCUGCAGCAAUCCACCGAGGAACGAAUUAAGAAUACCGACGAAAGAGUCGAGAACAUGUCUCAGAAGAUCGAAGACAUCAAUCAGAAGGAGAAUAUGCAAUCGGCCACGGUUCAGAACAUUGAAUUUCGAUUACGCAAGGUGGAGGAGUCGGCUGAUCAGAUCCUCUCGCACUUGGCUGUGAUUCAUCGGUUUAUGUCGACGCACACGCAACUGCAGGACAAUCUUAACAGUUCCAAUGACAAUGUGAGCGCACUGGGUGGUCCGGGAGGGGGAAGUAUCGUGUUCGAUACCCGGGCGAGGGCAAUAUCCGAAAGUGACAGCAAUAAUGUUUCUCUACAGCCAAGAAGGAAGAUGAAUAGGUCCCUGACGGAGGUUCGACCGGAUGCGUACAUCUUUGAUGACGGUAUGCACUUUGAGGUGCGGACGGUGCCGGAAGAGAACGAGAGCGACCGGUCCCCGGAGAAAUCGCUGGCGAUCUCCAACGAUCGCAAGCUCUCCAUGCGCUCGGAAGAUUCGGAAAUGUUCCUACCGCCUUCCAAGGUGCUAUCUCCAGCGGAAUCGGCAGGUGUGGCAAGUUCCACCACCAAACCGAAGACACCGUUCCUGAACGUCCGUCAGGAGACGGCCAGCACCGAGAGUAAGGAUACCCUUACCCCACUGGAGAACUGCGAUGAUCGGACGUUGGUCGGCGAAGGAUCGGCCGAGGACAUUGUCGAUCCCAACUACGAUGGACUGCGACAGCGGGCGGUCGGACGACGGAGAAGCAGUACCAUGGUAGGCGGCGGGCCAAGAAGGAACUCCGAAAGUACAUCCGGGUUCGAUAUCAACAAGUCACAAAGCAGUUUACAUCAGAUGGGCUUCGCAAAGCGACAGCACAGUAUGACACAAUCGGAACCGGACAGCGGGAACGAGCAGCCUGUUCAACGACCAGUUACACGGGGUAGGAACCUGCUACUGGCGAUCCAUGCGGAAUACACUUCUAUCACAGAUGAGUUGGAAAGCGUGUGCCAUAUGAUAGCUUCACCAACGUCUUCAUUGAUGGAUGAACGUCCGAAAAACGUAAGCGAAAUGAGCAAUCCGGAGUUUGCGGCGCUCAUCGAAAAGAAGCAUCUGAAGGAAUGCGAAGACAGUGAUUACGAGAUGUUGGAGAAGCUGCUGCAAACUCGUUGCUCAAUAGAUGAAAGCGAUAAUAUGUUCGAUGAUGGACCGGAAGAGUACGGCCCACGGAAGAUGCUCCGUCGUGAAACUGCUAUCGAACUACCAGUUACCCCGUCGAAGUCCAACAUUGUUUCCCUGGCAGAAUGCGCAGCGGCAACCGAUGACUUCUCGGUCAAAAACGAACGGCAAACGGUAUCGAACCGGAACUCGUUGAGAGAGUCCAAAAAUUCCCCAGUGUCCUUAUCCAGUCAAAACUCUCCUCGUAACUCUCAGUAUCUGCAAUCCACAUAUCUAAAUCCAUCAUCUUUCGAUGCGUCUCAUCGAAUGUAUAAAAAAUCAUGCGAAAGCUUGCAGAAGAAUUCCAGUACCGACACCGAGUACUCCAUGCAACCGUACAAAUUCAUCAAGCAAAGCUCGAACGAAACCAACAGUUCGUUCAACAUCGACAACUCCUCGAUCGCUAACGACCUCUCGAUGGAUGGCGAAACGAGCCUUAAUUCCACCGUGAUCGAAAUGCUCUCCGGAGCAAAUCUUGCACCGGAUGACCGGUCAGGUUUCACCAAGCGGACAUGCUCCCUUGGCAGUGCAUCGCUGGCACAUCCUUCCGACUCACGACCAGGCUUCCUGAAGAAGCAAUUCAGCAUAGAAAAGUCUCCCGGAUUGGGUAAGGUAUCCGGCUCGACUCCGGAAGGCUUAGAACGAUUGGUGCCCACAACAUCGGCGUCAGCGAUGGUGAUACCCUCUACGAUCGUUGUACCCAGCACGGCUGCUAAGCCACCUCCAUCGAAACGCUUCGCUGAAAAUCUUAGCGUGCUUGGUACGAAAUCCAUGAUGGCCCUGCUCAAGGAAAGCAGUUCCACCAGCACGGAAGAUACGAAUACAGGGAGGGACCCAAUUCCCUGCAUCAGUACCAACAUCGUGCAGGACGAAAUCGCCAAACUAUCCUCGAACAUCAAGAGCAGCACGGAUACGGAGGAAACGGAUCCGCCCAUCAACGAAACCAUGUGCUGAUUUUAGUUGUACAUUUAGUCGGUAAGGUGUAGCUUUGUUUAUCGCACCACCACCACCACCCCGAGUAUCCUCCUACACUACACAGACCCACCUUCGAGUCCGUUUUGAGUAUCGAAAAAUGUCGGAACAUUGAGACUGAGUUCCGACAGAACCGAAAACACCACCACCACCAAAUGCCAUCAUCACAACUACCGAACAUAAUCAUCACAGGAACCAGUUAUAGGAACAAACGACAUAGAUUCUAAUAACAGGUAUGGGAAUGGCGCAAAAUCGAGCUGCGCCACAAGUUACGUGGUAGGAUAUUUUUUUUUAUAGAGUUUAAGAUUUACGACGAAGUCGAAGAGAGUGGCAUGAUUGCAUGAAUGGGAAUGGGGAAGUUUGCUAUACGUUAGGUACGUACGACUUUAGAGAGGUAGUGAUACAGGAAGGAAGAUAAUGUGAGAAUAUAUUGAUUGUACAAUGCUCGGCAUUUCAUUUGCUAUCGCCAUCGCCGAUGAUGAUUUUGACGUCCCGUUGCGAACGGCCCUUAAUCCUCAGCUUGCACAUCCUCACGUUGAUCGUUGAUCUUUCUUCAUGGUUUAUGCGAAAUAAAAGUUUGAUCGCUUCCCAUGGUUUGCAAGUAAGAUCGGCAUUCACCAAACUGGGAACUUCAGCCAAGUUUCAAGAACUUUAAGGCGAUUCUUUCAGCUUCAAGGAAACUUCAGGAUAUUUUAAAAGGAGCAUAUAACUUCAGGAAUAUUCAAAGAACUUCAAGGAAAUUAAAACUUCAGAGAAGUCUAGAGAACUUGAGAAUAAAUGUGGGAAAUAAAUUCCAAGAACGUCAGGAAAGCUAUGUCUAGAGAUUUUCAGGGCAGCUCAGAUAUCUUAAGGGCAAUCCCAAUGAAAUCAGCAUAGCCCAGACUUUCAGGCCAUUUAAAGAUGAAGUUACGGAAUUAUAGAGAAAGUGUAGAGAACUCCUGAGAAGAAUUUUACAGAAGUCCAAAAAUGUUCAGAGAAGUUUAAAUAUGUCAAGGAUAUUUUCAUUUAUUUCUGGACAGUACCACUAACUUGAGGACAAUUGUGAAAACUUCAAGGUUGCUUCAAGAACAGAUCAAAGAACCUAAGGGCAGUUCAGUUAAUUUCUAUGAAAAUUGCAGGAAUUGUGCAGAGGUACCAAGAACCUCACGAAAACCUAAUCAAAGUUUUGUGAUUUUCCAGGAAGUCCAGAGAACUUCAGAGUAGUUUUAAAACGUUUGGGCAGUUUCUUUAUUUUCAGGGAUGUUCCAAGUACUUCAAGGAAGAUCAGAGAACUUCAGAGAAGUUUCAUUUUUUUUAACUUCUAGAGCUUACAAGAAGUUCCGAGGCAAUAUUGGAAAUGGAUGUAAUGUCGGCCUAAAUGCCUCUAAUUUGGGCCCAGUCAGUAAUGAACUAAAUUAUCAAAAGCGACCAAAAAUAUCCAUUAGUACGGUCCCAAUGACGCGUUCAUCUAGAUAAAAUUGAAAAAAUAGUAGAUUUUCAAUGGGCCCAAUCUUAGAUCCUUAGGCCAACAUUAGAGCCAUUUCCCCUAUAUAAAAAUCUGAGAAUUUCAGGAAUUUUACAAAAUUUUCGUAAAAAUUUCGGGGUCUCUGAAUUGAUGGGUGAUGGCUGUCAGAUGGGAGUAAAAAAAAAGAAGAUCUAAACGAUUUAAUUGCUAACUAAAGACUGAACUACUUUAUUAUUUAAUCGAUAUUUAAAAUCUACCCUGCACUAGCUACCUAACUGCUGACCUAGCACGUCCAAGGAUCGCUCGCUGUCGUCGUCGUCGUCGCUGUAGUCCGGAUGUUGCUUGCUGAUGAGACCAAAUAGUUACUUCUGCUAAUGUGCGUUAAGGUGUUGUUGCCAACGAACUUCGUGUUGACGGUAAAAUCUGUUGAUGUAGUCCGAAUAAUAACUGCCUGAUGUUGGUUGAUUUUGUCCUAUCCGGGUUAAUGAUGAUGGCUCGGUUGGUAACUCAUGCAUAUCGGGAAAAUUGUUGAAACGAUAGAGAAGUUCCGAGAAGGGAACUUCAUGACGAAACGAAAGAAAAACUGCUGAUUACACUUUUACCAUCAUCAACGUUUCGAUCUUGACAUCUUCAUCCGGGAAGUUUUAGAUCAUAUAGCUAUUAGCGCUGAAAGAAAGAUGGCAUAACAUUAUGUCUCCUGAAUAAGGCCAAAUCAUGAUGAUGUAUUUUCAUUGUUUCCUAUUAGAAACCGGUUGUUAAUCAUAAAAGUUCGUAUGCGUUUUCAUUUCCCUUAAAAUUGAUUUUCUCAUUCGAUAAUUUGUGGUUAGUUUGCCUUGUUCAUGAAAUAAAAUGUCGUGACAUAAACCAGCCUGCUGCAAUAUGUGUUUCAAUUUAAGUUAAAUUAAGAACAUUUGCACACCGAGCCAUUCAGAGUGA